GACAAAGACUAAUUCCUAUGAUGCAUCAUGCACUAGUGUUUGCCGGCUCCAACCUUUCUUGUUUAUAUCUCCACUUUCCCUCUUAAAAUAAAACCAUUCAAUCUCCUCAUUCCGUCUCCUUUGAAACUCCACAGCAAAAACCAAAUUAACUAAAACGACCAUGAGGCUGCCGUUUCAUCUUUUUCCCAUUGCCAUUGCUCUCUGUCUCUCAUUCUCACUUACACACACCUCAGCCCGCUUCUUCCCCGACAUCUCAUCCAUCCCUCCUUCACUCGUCCCCAACGUCACCGCUUCGGUCCCCGCAGCCUGGGACGCUUUCCAGAAGUUCGGCAACUGCCACGCCGGCGAUAAAGUCGAAGGCCUCUCCAAGCUCAAGAAAUACUUCAAUUACUUCGGUUACAUUCCCAAUUUGCCCUCCAAUUUCACCGACGACUUCGACGACGACCUCCAAUCAGCUCUCAAAACCUACCAGAAGAACUUCAAUCUCAACGUCACCGGCGAGCUAGACGAGCGCACCAUCCAGCACCUCGUCAAGCCUCGAUGCGGCAAUCCCGAUAUAGUCAACGGCACCACUACCAUGAAUUCCGGCAAACCGACGUCGUCUAACACGUCCAAUCUCCACACGGUUGCUCACUACUCUACUUUCCCGGGGACGCCGGUCUGGCCGUCCAGCCGGCGCGACUUGACCUACGCAUUCUUGCCGGAGAACAAACUUGCCGACGACGUCAAGGCAGUGUUUUUACGGGCCUUCCAGCGGUGGUCGGCAGCGACGCCGUUGAAUUUCUCCGAGACGACGUCGUUCUACACGGCGGAUAUCAAGAUUGGGUUCUUCAGUGGCGAUCACGGGGACGGAGAGCCGUUCGAUGGGGUUUUGGGGACGCUGGCGCACGCGUUCUCGCCGCCCAGCGGGAGGUUCCACUUGGACCUUGACGAGAACUGGGUGAUCACGGGUGACAUUAGCACGUCGUCCGUGACGUCAGCGGUCGACCUGGAGUCGGUGGCGGUUCACGAGAUUGGGCAUCUGCUGGGGUUGGGCCACUCGUCGGUUGAGGAGGCGAUUAUGUUCCCGACGAUCUCGUCGCGGACGAAGAAAGUGGAGCUGGCGAGCGACGACGUUUUGGGGAUUCAGUCGCUGUACGGCGCCAAUCCCAGUUACGACGGUACGAGUGGGUCGUCUACGACGUCCACUCAAGCACGGGAAACGUCCGCUGCUGGGGACCACCUCACUUCCGCUCCAAGGUUGUGGGGCCUCAGUGCCUUGCUGGCCGUUGGAUUUCUGUUAUUGUCGUUUUAGUUUUUUCUCAUAUUUUUUGGUUUUAUUGAUUUUAAAGUUAGAUUUAGCUUAUAUUGUUUUAUUAUUUAUAAUUUUUUGGGGUACUUAUUGGGGAUUUGGCACUCUGCUGACAGGCCAUAUCUUACUUACUUGUAUGAUUCUUAUUUUUGUAGGGUUUUUUAUUUUUAUUUUUGGUAUUCAGAUACAGUUGAAUAUAGUUAGGACGCCACUUGUACAUAUAUAUACAUUUUUAUUUAUUAAAUUUUAAAAUACAUACAUUAUAA